UGGCUUGCGGAGAAUAAAGUUAUGUCUUUCUUAACAAAAUACGUAAAAGUAUCAUCAUUUAAGGCUUUUAUUCAAUUUGCAUGAAAUAUUGAUGUGAAUGAAAAUUAUCUAGAUUUUAGAAUACAUCCAGCAGCACUGAUAUUUAACCCUUUUGUAAUUGACGGGAACACAAUCUUGAUUUACCAAUCAGAAGCUGGUUCAAUAUUCAGGUUAGGACUGGAUUAAAUUAGCUUGCGAUUGUUUUGCCUUUUCUCAGGUAUUGGUAAACUAUAGAAAAAACAAAGACGUAGUCCACCGUCAAUUCAAUCCUAGAUGCAAGUAUACCGCGACCCAAGUACAUCCCUUUCCACUACUAGUGCAUCGUUGAUCGUACUUUACUAAACAGUGCAUAUAGUAAUUCUAUGCCCUACCGAGUUCCGUUGUCUGUGUAUGCAAUUCAGGCUGCACAUUUCCACGACUUACGAACGAAACUCGGUCUAGUUCUACUGAAGGUAUCGAACACUGUCGAGCGUGAAGUCGGGCCCUUCAGGCAAUUGCAGCUGGGAACUAGUGACUAGAAACGACGUUGCCAACGGUACCGCAACCAACGGGCACCACGAGACCCUGGACGGCGAGGAAGCGUUGGCCAUCAUUCGGCGGAACCUGAAAUCGAACGCUAUGGACAACGAGGGAACUCACUUUGAUAGCAAUAUCCCGCACGUGUUUGUCGUUUUUGGAGCUUCCGGCGACUUGGCAAGGAAGAAAAUUUAUCCCACUCUGUGGUGGUUGUACCGAGACAAUCUGCUUCCAUCGGUGACUAAAUUCGUCGGCUAUGCUCGCAGUAAGCUAUCGGUGGCCGAAUUGCGAAGCAAAUGUCAUACCUACAUGAAGGUUGAACCAGACCAGCAGGAGAAGUACGAACAGUUUUGGGCUUUGAAUUUCUACGUCGCUGGAAGCUACGAUGCCCGGCGGGAUUUUGAACUGCUCAAUCAGGAGCUGUGCAAAUUUGAAGUCGGUAAGACGGCUAACCGGUUGUUUUAUUUGGCACUGCCACCAUCCGUUUUCGAACCGGUUACCGUGCAUAUCCGCAACACUUGUAUGGGUUUGAAGGGCUGGAAUCGGAUCAUCGUGGAAAAGCCCUUUGGGCGUGAUGCGGAUAGUUCGAAUGCGCUAAGUGCGCACCUGGCUAAGCUGUUUAGCGAAGAACAGCUUUAUCGAAUUGAUCACUAUUUGGGCAAGGAGAUGGUUCAGAACUUGAUGACGAUUCGGUUCGGUAAUCAAAUUUUUAGUCCAACCUGGAACCGGAACAACGUGGCUUCGGUUUUGAUUUCGUUCAAAGAACCAUUUGGCACCCAAGGUCGGGGAGGAUAUUUUGACGAUUUCGGAAUCAUUCGAGAUGUUAUGCAGAACCACCUGUUGCAGAUUUUGUCGCUGGUUGCUAUGGAGAAACCUGCCACAUGCCACCCAGACGAUAUUCGUAACGAGAAGGUUAAGGUAUUGAAAAGUAUGGAAUCGCUUACUAUCGAUGAUGUCGUUCUGGGACAAUACAUCGCAAAUCCAAACGGUUCGGAUAACGAUUCUCGUAUGGGUUACUUGGACGAUCCGACUGUUCCCAACAAUUCGGUUACUCCCACAUUUGCACUUGCCGUACUUAAGAUAAAAAACGAGCGAUGGGACGGUGUCCCAUUUAUCCUGAGAUGUGGAAAAGCAUUGAACGAACGAAAGGCUGAAGUUCGCAUUCAGUAUCAAGAUGUGCCGGGGGACAUUUUCGAUGGCAAACCUAAGCGCAACGAGCUGGUGAUUCGGGUUCAGCCGGGGGAAGCAUUGUACGUCAAGAUGAUGACUAAAUCCCCAGGAAUCACUUUCGACAUGGAAGAAACUGAGUUGGAUUUGACCUAUGGUCAUCGGUAUCACGAUGUCAAGCUGCCCGAUGCUUAUGAGCGGCUGAUACUGGAUGUUUUCUGUGGUUCCCAGAUGCAUUUCGUACGAUCCGAUGAGCUCAGCGAAGCUUGGAGAAUCUUUACGCCGUUGCUGCAUUAUAUCGAGCGGGAGCGUCCUGAACCGAUCAAGUACAUGUACGGUUCUCGCGGUCCGAAGGAGGCAGAUAGCAAGUGCGACUCUGCCAAUUUUAAAUAUUAUGGAUCGUACAAGUGGCACAGGAAGCACUGAACGGGAAUGUGCAUUCCGCCAUGAUUGAUUUGUUGAACUUUAUUAUUGCUUGUUCGUCCUCGGAAUCAUUUCUUAUUUAUUGAACUCAUUUGAUAUUUCACACUAGAUAUACAUGACACAAAAAGAAGGGCUUGGAGUACCCUUGAAGGGACUGAUAAUUCGUGCAACGAAAGGUUUCAUCUGUGACUUUCAUCUCAUUAUUGUUAUGGAUUUAUAUUGAAGGCAUUUUGGAUAUUGAUUGAUUUUUGUAACAAAAAUCCAAAUAAAACAUUCCGGAAACGUGUUUGGAAAUAUUC